AACAUUGAAGCUAAGAAUUAAGAUAUGCCACCAGUUAAUACUUUCUAUAAGUUGUAAGUAAUAUCUUUCUCCAUUUUCUUCUCCCUAUAUAAGUUCCUCAUCCUCCUUUUAUAUCCUCCAAACCUAUCCCAAAACUCAACCCUCCAAAUAAUCCUCCUUUAUCUCCCCACUUUGCAGUUUGUCUCUCAUAUAUACUUGCGUACUUUUUCUUUGGUUCUGUUCAGUGAAGUGAGUAAAUUAAAAAAAACGGAGAGAAUACUAAUUAUUAUACUUUCUUGCCAUUUUUCUCUAUAACUUUGAUAGAUAUUGUAUUAUUAUUCAAUUUUUGGUGUCAAAAAAUAUAUAUUUUUUAAGAGGGUGUUAUUUUCUUUUUUGUGAGGGGAAAAAUUGAUACUUUUUAUAUACAUAUCUAUCAAAAAUGAGUAACCCAAUUAAGCCAAGCAUUCAAUUAUUCAUGUUCAAUUUGGUUUGUGACAUGGGUCUAUACCAAAACUUUAUAUUCUCUAGUCUGUAAUAUUUGUUUUUUUUUUUUUUUUUUUUUUUGUGCAGUUGUUCUUCAUAUACAUGUUUUUUUAGUUUUUUUUUCUAUACAAAAAAGUUUCCUUUGGAUUUAAGGUGUUACGUUUCUUUUUGAGAUCUUGUAAAAUAUAAUUUUGAAAAAUGGAGGGAUUGCAAGAAAAGAGAAAGAAGGAUAAUGUAUUAAAGAAGACAUGGGAAAGAUACACGUCUUUUGGGCAUGGACAAAUACAAAAAGCGUCUCCAACUAGUCCACCUUUAAUAGCAUCAUCAGGACGUCCUAUGGUGAAGAGCAAAUCAUGGUCAACAUUUUGCCCCUCAAGUCCACUUAGCCCACGACUCGAGAAACGAGUCGGAGGAUCUAAGAACUCUCGACUCGGAUCAUUAUCACCCAAAGGUUGCUUAUCGGUUUAUGUAGGCCCCGACAGGCAAAGGUUUGUGGUUAAAAUUGAGUAUACAAAUCAUCCACUCUUUAAGAUGUUGCUUGAAAAAGCUGAAAUGGAAUAUGGGUUUAAUGUUGAUGGACCGUUAAUGCUUCCUUGUGAAGUGGACGUGUUUAUCAAGAUAUUAUAUGAGAUGGAAGCCAAAGAUGAUGACGAUAAUAACAACAACAGCUCACGAUGUAAAUUUUCAAGAAGUCGUAGCUCUUAUCACCUUCUCAACUCGUCUAGUAGAUUGGUUGCUUGAAUCAAUCAAUACUAGAUAUAUACGUAUAUAUCCACCUUAUAUUAAAAAAAAAAGUCAUGUUGAUAGUGUUAUUUGAACUAAUAACAUGAUAGUUACAUUAAGGUGGAAUGUAAUAGUAACAUUUUUGUUGAUAUGGCAUAACGUUUUGUUUUGUGUGAUGUAAGUGGUGUUAUGUUAUAUUUAGUUUCAAGCUUUUUCAAUGUAGUGUGAACAAGAUUAUUAGAACAUUGAAGCCUAGAUAUGUUGUCAACGGUGGGAUACAAGUGUAAAAUAUUUGUAAUGUGUAAGUUAUAUGCUUCUAUUUGGAUCUAUGAAAUAUAUAUAUAUAGACUAUACAUAUUUAAAUAUA